GGGCGGUGAAGGGUGUAGGGUACAGUAGGCUCAACACAUUAGAUUGCCUCAUUUGACCUCUUUCCUUCUAGCUCCAUCUAGUAGUUAGCGCGUUCCUCGGUCAACACCACUCCCACCUCGUCACCCUUUUUAUAAUUUGCUUUGCACCAACGGCCCAUUGUGUAAAGUACCUUCUCUGACGAAAUGUCGCCCACUGCCACGUUUGAACUGCCAGUCAAGAAUGAAAAACCCUGGAGAUUCUACGUCAUUCUCGUCUCACUCUCCUUCAUCACGUUCAUCGCCUCUCUUGAUGGAUCCAUCACCGCAACAGCGCUUCCGCAAAUCUCGGCCGAGUUGUCCGCCGCCGACCAAUAUGUGUGGAUCGCAAACUCUUUCCUCGUCGCCCAAACUGUGGUCCAGCCGCCCUGCGCUCAACUAUGCAACAUAUUCGGCCGCCGCACACCCCUCCUCGUUGCGCUUGUCGUCUUUGCUCUUGGGAGCGGCAUAGCGGGAGGUGCGUCCAACUCUGCUAUGCUCGUUGCAGGCCGCACGAUCCAAGGCGCAGGCUCGGGAGGCCUCAUGAUGCUCGUGGAACUCAUCAUCUGCGAUUUGGUGUCCGUCCGCGAGCGAGGAAAAUAUCUAGGCAUGGUCAUGAGCACUAGCGCCAUCGGAGCCAUCACCGGCCCAGUCGUGGGCGGCGCUCUUGCCGUAGCCGACUGGAGGUGGAUUUUCUACAUGAAUAUCCCCAUCUCCAGCGUCAUCAUCGUCAUCAUGCUUGUCUUCCUUCGCUUGCAGCACGAGAAAGCGUCCAGCUGGCACAAGGCACUCGCACGGGUGGAUUGGAUUGGGAACGUUGUCUUCAUCAGCGCGCUAUGUUCUCUCCUGAUUGGACUGGUAUUCGGUGGCGAUGUCUUUCCAUGGUCGUCGUGGAGGGUCAUUCUUCCCAUUGUACUCGGAGUCUGCGGUUGGACCGCCUUCCACGUCUAUGAGUCGAUGCCGCCGAGCUUCUGCCCAGAACCCUCUGUGCCUUCGAGGAUAUUUGGAAACAGAACGUCGGCAGCAGCUUUCCACGUCGACUUCAUUUCCUCGGUGCUCCUCCAGUGGGUCUGCUUCUUCUGGCCCGUCUACUUCCAGGGUAUCCACGAGACCACUCCUCUCCGCGCGGGCAUCAACUUCAUCCCUUUCGAAGCUUUCCUGAUUAUCACAGCAGCCGUCGCAGGCGGCAUGUUGUCGAGAUUCGGCCACUACCGACCAAUACACCUUCUUGGAUUCUGUCUCGGUAUGAUCGGACCCGGCCUCAACAUUAUGCUCUCUCGAAGUACCCCCAAAGCCGUCUGGGUCGUCUUCCAGAUGAUCGAUGCCAUCGGCCGCGGCUUACUCCUCCCUACCGUCCUACCAGCCAUCAUGGCCUCACUGCCAGACUCCGACACAGCAGCAGCAACCGGCAUGUACUCGUUCCUCCGCAGCUUCGGCUUCGUGUGGGGCGUCACAAUCCCAGGCACCAUCUUCAACGCCCAGUUCGACCGCCACGCCUCUCGCAUCAGCGACGCCACCGUGCGUCAGGAGCUGGGAAGUGGACGCGCAUAUCAGUAUGUGAGUGGAUCGUACAUCAAAGUGCUUUCGCCCACUGUACAACACGAGGUGCUGUCCGUCUAUCAGGACGCACUCAAAGCGGUGUGGAUCGCUGCUGUGGCUUUUGGGGCUACUGGGUUUGUAGCUGUGGCGACCGAGAGGCAUAUUCCCCUCCGGACGGAGCUGGAUACUAAGUAUGGUUUGGAGGAGGAGAAGAGUGGUGGAGGUGGAGGGGAGAAGGAUGCCUAGGGAUUUUGCAUGCGUAAGGAAACAAUGUCUAUACUAGGCGUAUAAGAGAGAUCGGUAAGAUACUAGAAAAGGUUUACUCAAUUACUGCGCAUAUAAUAAAGCAUUUUGUUCUCUUAUUCCACCACACACACACACACGCACUAGCGCAAUAUUCGCAAUCCAACCUCUUCCCUUCGAAACCUAGGGAAAUUGUAGAACUGCAAUAACUAUCUAUGGAAGAAGUACAUGUUUGAUAUAUGUGUAGGAGG